UCCCAUGAUCGACGGGAUCGCGUGUCCAAUCAUGUCAUGAGUAGUGACGAACAGCAUCGCCCGGACCUGGGGCGACUGAGAUGUUCUUGCGCAUCUCCUGCACAUGUUCUUUCUACCACUGUCGGCAUCUGGCAUUUCUCCGAUCGUCUACGCUUUCGAAUCUCACUGCUGAGUCGAUCCAUUACGACCGUCAAAAUCUUGGCGCUAAACUUGCUAGCGACAGGUACUAGAGAAGAUGCGGCGCGGGUAUAAAUCUAUGGGCACCCCUCUACCACCUGGUAGGAUUUGAGAAGCUUUGGCACUGCGCUAGCUACACUAUGGCUCCGACUUUGCCCUCGAUCCGGUCUCCUCUAGGAUGCCCUCCCCCAGUACGCCUUGACAGUACCUUCGGAGCUGUCCUCAUUGGCACCUCCCUUGGCCUUACAUUGUAUGGCAUGGUCGUCCAUCAAUGUUAUCGGUACUUCGGAACAUACCGUAACGACAGCUCCUGGAUCAAAGUAUUGGUCUCGGCUAUUCUCGUAUUCGAAACUUUUCACGUUGUCUCCAGCAUGCAUAUCUGCUAUCAUUAUCUUGUUACAAAGUAUAGCAACGGCGAGGCUCUUCUUUCCGGAGUCUGGUCUAUCGAUCUCUUGAGUGCAAUAUCCGGAAUAAUAAUAAUCAGCGCGCAAAGUUUCUUUGCCGCACGCGUGUUCCUGCUUGGUGGACGCCGAUAUCGUGUUCUUGUCACAAUCGCCAUGAUUUUGCUGGCUGGGGAGCUCGGCUUCUUUUUCGCUGCAACUGUAAAAGCGUUCACAUUCCCAAGCUUCUCCGACUUUCAACGUUAUACGUGGCUCGUCUCGGCAGGAGCAGCACUAGCGUGCGCGGCAGAUGCUCUGCUCACGGGCGUUCUUGUCAACUUGUUGCGCUCCAAACAUACAGGUGUGGAGCGACUGGAUCAGAUUAUGGACAGGCUGAUCAAAUACACUAUCAAUACUGGCUUGUUAACGAGUGUGGUCAAUCUUCUGUCCUUGGUCUUUUCAGUGCUCCUUCCCAGUAAAUUGAUAUAUGUAGCUUUCGGCAUCGUUGCUACAAAAUUGUAUGCCAACUCUCUACUCGCAGCGCUGAACGCUCGGAGCUCUCUGCAAUAUGUUCCGGGCACUAAGUCCUCCAGCGAAACUGGGCUGAGUACGACAUUGGCAACUAGGCGGGAGGCGACGAUAUUCGAGUUGCAAGGACAGAGCAAUACAUCCACUGAAACGGUAGCUAUCAUCGAAGGGAAUCAAGCCGCUCUAGCCUACGAGCUGGUAGGCAUUGCCUUGUAGCACAUUCUACCCGAUUCACCGUUCUUUAGUUCCGUCGAUACCAAUUGUAGCCCUAUUUGUGAACUCU